AUUGGAGUGAGCUCCCUUGUUUGACGUCAUAAUAAACAAACCCAGCUACACAGUGCAAGGCAGUCUUUCCCCAGAAGCAUCCGGACGUGUUUGUGACCCAGCGAAAGAACCAUAAUGCCCACCUUUCCACAGUACCUUAGUCCUGAGAAGGAGGAGGAACUCCGAAACAUUGCAAAUGCCAUAGUGGCUCCUGGCAAAGGUAUCCUUGCUGCUGACGAGUCUACAGGAUCCGUGGGAAAGAGAUUCGCCCCUAUCAAUGUAGAGAACACUGAAGAGAAUCGUCGCAGAUAUCGAGAACUUUUGUUCACUUCCGACAACGCUAUCUCCGAAAACAUCAGCGGUGUCAUCAUGUUUCAUGAAACGUUUUACCAAAAGACAGCAGAGGGUGUCCCAUUCACAAAGGUUCUUCAGGAUAAAAACAUCAUUCCAGGCAUCAAGGUUGACAAGGGAGUUGUACCACUAAUGGGCACAGACAAUGAAUGUACCACACAAGGUCUGGAUGGCCUGAGUGAGAGAUGCGCCCAAUACAAGAAAGAUGGAGCCCAGUUUGCUAAGUGGAGAUGUGUUCUGAAGAUCCAAAAAGAGACCCCCUCAUAUCAGGCUAUGCUAGAGAAUGCCAAUGUCCUUGCCCGCUACGCCAGUAUCUGUCAGCAGAAUGGCCUUGUGCCCAUCGUCGAACCAGAAGUCCUCCCCGAUGGUGAACAUGAUCUGGAAACUGCAGAAAAAGCAACAGAACAGGUGCUUGCGUUUACAUACAAGGCUUUGGCUGACCACCAUGUCUACUUGGAGGGAACCCUGUUGAAACCAAACAUGAUCACAGCUGGCAUGUCCUGCAGUAAGAAAGGAACUCCUGCAGAAAAUGCACGUGCAACAGUUCUUUGUCUCAGCCGAACAGUCCCUCCCGCUGUGGCUGGAGUGACAUUCCUCUCUGGUGGUCAGUCUGAGGAAGAUGCGUCCAUAAACCUCAAUGCCAUCAACACAGACCCUGGCCGCAAACCCUGGCCACUCACCUUCUCAUUCGGCCGGGCACUCCAGGCUAGUGUACUCAAGAUCUGGCAAGGCAAGGAUGAAAAUGUGGCUGCAGCACAGAAACAGCUCAUCAUGAGGGCAAAGGCCAAUGGUUUGGCAGCUGUUGGUAAAUACCAGGGUGACAUGGAGAGUGCGGCGGCAGCUGAUUCUCUUUUCGUGGCACAGCACGCCUACUAGACACCUAAGAAUGCUCCCUUGCUUACCUCCCCUUAUCAAUGCUGUAGUUCUACACUGGACUAUAGCAGAGACAUUUUCCACUUGUAAGACUUUUAUAUUUUAUUGAACAACUAUAUUAGAUACAUCCUGCUGCAGUGUGGGUUUAUCACGAGAUUCACUUUCUACAGGUAACACAAGACAAUGUGAUGGAUAUGAUGUAUUUUUAGACAUUUUUAGAUACUUAAAAAUCUCAGCUCUAGGCAUAAUAUGUACUGUUUACCACAUGUUAAAAGAUUGUACAUUUUGUGAGAUAUUUUAUUGUUGAUGUCAGCAUUUAUUUAACUGUUAUUUAUUUGCUUAAUAGAACAAAAUAAUGAAUUUGCUUUAAUUUCUGUGAUCCCUCUCCACAAUUAAACUGUAUUAAACAUAUUACAUGCAUGUACAA